UACAUUUAAGUGAAAAAAAAAAGUACACUGUAACACAUUAUGGAGUUAUAGCUGGAUGCUCUACUUUCCACCUCUGGCGGGUAUUUGAUUCCCACACGUAUUCAUGCGGACGUCUUCAUUAAAGCAUCGUUCUGGUCGACCAAGUUGAAGAAGUGAAACUGUACAUGGUGCGACACAACAACAGUUCUUUCUCCGACAGCUCAACGAGGCGCAGAGGAGGAGCCGCCUUCGCUGACUCAAGAAGAAGAAGAAGAGGGGGGGGGGAGAAGUUCCCUGUCAGUUUUCAGAGUGACGGCCGCGUGAGGUGCAGCUCGCAGUCGUCGCAGCAUCGCCAUGGAGCACGAGCCGCGCGAGCAAACAACUGCAUCCACUGGAUUGCUCGCGCCUCCACCGCGAGUCGGACCGAUUUGGGAGUUUUGAAUGCCGCGCGUAAAAUGGACAUUAGGACGCGAUGGAUCGGCUUCUUUUCGGAGAUCCUCGGAGAACCCGCGUUCGCGACAGACGCCACUACUUCGGAAGUUAGAGGGGAACCGUUUCUCAGUGUGAACCGUUGAAAAGAAGUCCCCGCGGGUAUGAACCACACGGCGGCGAAGGCGGCGGGGGGUUCACUGCCCACCAUCCCGGCGAUCAUGUUCAUCUUCGGGGUGGUGGGGAACGUCAUCGCAAUUGUGGUCCUGCGGAUAUCGCGGAAGGAACAGAAGGAGACGACUUUUUACACCCUCGUGUGCGGCCUGGCAGUGACCGACCUGCUGGGCACGCUGCUGGCCAGUCCCGUCACCAUCGCGACCUACGUGAAGGGCGCGUGGCCGGGGGGCGAGCCGCUGUGCCAGUACUCCGGCUUCAUCCUGCUCUUCUUCUUCUUGGUCCAGCUCAGCAUUGUGUUCGCCAUGUCGGUGGAGAGAUACCUGGCAAUAAACCACGCGUAUUUCUACAACGAGUACGUCAACCAAAAACUCGCGGCGCUCAGUCUUUUGGCCAUUUACGUUUCCAACAUCGCGUUUUGCGCGCUGCCCAGUUUGGGUUUCGGGGAGGUGAAGCUGCAGAGCACGCGGACCUGGUGCUUCAUCGACUGGCAGAACAACCAGACCGCGGUCGCCACGUUCAACCUGAUGUACGCGGGAGUGAACUCGGCCAUCGUGCUGGCCACUGUCGUGUGCAACGUGAUGGUGUGCGGGGCUCUGAUCCUGAUGCACAAGCGCUUCAUCCGCCGCACGUCGCUGGGCACCGACCAGAGGCGCGUGGCGGAGCUCGGGCGCAGGCGGAGUUUCGCGCGACUGGCUGGAGCGGAGAUCCAGAUGGUGAUCCUGCUCAUAGCCACCUCCGCCGUGGUGCUCAUCUGCUCCAUUCCCUUAGUGCUGAGGAUAUUUGUGAAUCAGCUGCACAGAAAUCAGACAGAAGAGCAGAAUAAAGACCUGCUGGCCAUCCGCAUGGCCUCCGUCAACCCCAUCUUAGACCCUUGGAUCUACAUCCUGCUCAGAAAGACGGUGGUCCUCAAGCUGAUGGAGAAAAUAAAGUACCUGUUCUGCAAAAUGGGCGGGCGCGGGCGAAGGAACGGCGGCGGGCAGUUCGGCUGCGGCGACGCCCCCUUCGCGUCCUCCAUCAUGUCGCAAGACUCUCCCACGCUGGCGUCACGGGAGCUGAAGGUGAUUGUGAGCACCUCACAGGCCUUUUUGUACUCGUCGGAGGGAACGGCCAGGUCGCCUCGCGCAGAGGCUCCGGGCGUCUCCGGCCCACCAGCUGCACAGACAUUGGAGGGACCGCGGGAGGCCGAGGGGCCCCGGAGCGAGGGGCCUUCACGCGGGGAUUCAGGGGGCAGGGCGGCGGAGCUUCUGAUGGAAAAGAAGGACGCCGCUCUACACGUGACCUUCACGGAUGAGACCGCAAACAUUCAGGAGAAAUGCAUUUAGCAUCUGCAACAGAGGUGCACCGGGACUUCAGAUAGGAAUUAACAAAGACGCGACAAUACAGGAGCCCGAGUAGGCGUCCAUCCAUUUGUGGAUGUAUUGCGGCAUUUUAUGUGUGAUACCCGUUAUCAAUGCAUUCCUCCCCAUGUCAGGACUCACCACAAACACCACAUCGCCACGUGAACUAAACCGUGGAGGACAACAACGUUGUGGAGGAACUCUUUUGUUGCACUUUUUUGUUACAACCUCCGAGGAGACUCUUUCAGAUGAAUAUUAAAAUGCAAAAAAAGUGUACCGUGAUGUUAAUUUAUUGUAAGAAUGAAAUCGUGUUAUUAUUGUCCUCUCUGUGAGAAGGGCUGGAUAGUUUGGAGCCAUUUUAAAUCGCUACAAGAUGAAUAUGCUCAGUUGUUGUUUUUUUCCUUUUUCUUUGUGGUGCAAAGUAACAUUUGCAAACAAUUUACUUCCACUGCAACAAGGCAGCUAUGGCUGUACAGGAUUUCUAACAUAAUAUGUUAAUAUAAAAUAAUUCAUUUACUCCUUCCAGACCAUUACUUUGUAAAGAUUAAACCAACAUGAUCUCAUUUUACUUCAAUUUAAUGUGCAAUGCUUCACAUAUAAUUAGACUUCAUAGGGGAAUUAAGAAGAGAAAAGAUAAACACAUUAUUACAUUUCCUGUCUGAUGAGUUUAAAGGUUUAGCCUUUUCUCAAUAGAUUUCCUAAGUAGAUUUCUUUAAAGAUUGAUAUAAAUAACAUGUUCAUAUUUUUUAUGGUUGUUUUAGCAAGAGCCAGUGUCAAAUUAACCACAUCAUGUUAAUUCUCUUGUAAAAAGACUUCUGUUGUACCAAAGUCUUAAAUACAAAUAAAGGUUGACAGAUAUUCAUAUACACGA